AUGAACAUAACAAAAGAAAUCCAACGCAUUAAUUCCCAAGAAAUAGAUCGUAAUAUUUCCGCGUCGGGGUCUUGGCAUGCACAAUAUAAAGACUCUCCUUAUAUAUUUGUUGCAAACGUACCUUUUGAUUUGACGGAGGGUGAUUUAAUUGCAGUAUUUUCUCAAUAUGGUGAAAUUUUAGACAUACAGCUAGCUCGUGAUAAAAAUACAGGCCAGUCUAAGGGUUUUGCUUUUUUGAAAUAUGAAGAUCAAAGAAGUACUGUUCUAGCUGUUGAUAAUUUGAAUAACAUUCAACUAUUGGGGCGUACAAUACGAGUAGACCAUGCAAGCGCUGAAACGAAAGAUGGGCGUCGUAGGACGGGAAUGAACGCUGCUCCACAAUUGAUUAAAGAUGAUGGAAAAUCAUCUGAUUCAGAUUCUGAAGAUGAAGACGAGUUUGCUGAUAAAUUUGAUCCAGAUGAUCCGAUGAGAGAUUAUCUUAUUAAAAAACUGAAGAAAGAAAAGAAGAAAGCAAAGAAGCGUGCAAAGAAAGAAAAGAAGAAAAAAAGUCAUAAAUCUUUAAUAUAA